UGGUGGUGGUGAAGCGGUGGUAGUGAGGUUGUAGCGGUGCCGUGGUGGUGGUGAGGCGGUGGUGGUGAGGGGGUAGUAGUAGUAGUGGUGGUGAGGUUGUAGCGACGCUUGACAAUAGCGCGAAUCCAACAACGACGUUUCAACGCCGCGUGCCCGGCAAAUCGUAAGCGGCGCGUACAAUAACUAACGAGCAAUAGUCGCGGCUACGGCGAGCCUCUUUAAAAAAAACCCGUGGUCCACAAUUUUAUCAACGCAAGAGAAGAAAUGAAUUCCACGGAGGUCGCCGACGAUUCGUCCAACGACGCGGACAUCGUGGCCUUCUUCAAGUCAGGGUAUCGCAAGACGGAUGGACUGAAGGCAGCUGAUCUGCUGCCCAUUCUCAAGGAGAAGGUGGCAUAUGUGUCCGGUGGGCGUGACAGGCGCGGCGGACCCAUCCUCACCUUUCCCGCACGCAGCAACCACGACAGAAUAAAGCAGGAGGACCUGCGCAGACUCAUCACCUACCUGGCCAGUGUACCCUGCAGUGAGGAGAGUGCCAAGAAGGGCUUCACGGUGGUCAUAGACAUGCGUGGCUCCAAGUGGGACUCCAUCAAGCCACUGCUCAAGACGCUCCAGGAGUCUUUCCCGGCGAGCAUCCACGUGGCGCUUAUCAUCAAACCCGACAACUUCUGGCAGAAGCAGAAGACCAACUUUGGUUCCUCAAAGUUUGAGUUCGAGACCUCGCUGGUGUCGAUCGAGGGCUUGUGCCGCCUGGUGGACCCGAGCCAGCUGACGGCCGAGCUGGAUGGCUCCUUCCCCUACGAGCACGAGGAGUGGCUCUCCCUGCGGCUGGCGCUCGAGGAGUUUGUGACGGCCGCAUCGCACCUCCUCUCCCGUCUGGAGGAGCUACAGGAGCUGCUGUCGCGCCGAGACUUCCCGCUGGACCUGGAAGGGGCUCGGCGGCUCAUCGAGGAGCACGCGCAGCUGAAGCGCCGCGUGCUGCGCGCGCCCAUCGAGGAGCUCGACCGGGAGGGGCAGGCGCUGCUGCAGCGCAUCCAGGGCAGCGCCGGCAACGCGGGCGGCGGCGGCGUGAGCGGGGAGGCGGGAGGCAACGCGGACUUCCAGAGCCUCGUGCCGCGCAUCUCGGGGUUACUGGACAAGCUGCACUCGACGCGGCAGCACCUGCACCAGAUGUGGCACGGGCGCAAGCUCAAGCUCGACCAGUGUUUCCAGCUGCGUCUGUUUGAGCAGGAUGCUGAGAAGAUGUUCGAGUGGAUCAGCCACAACAAGGCGCUGUUCCUGGAAGGAUACACGGAGAUCGGGCCCAGCCACCAGCAGGCUGUCGAGCUGCAGGCCCAGCACGCUCACUUCGCUCGCAACUCAAUGCAGAACGUUUACGUCAACAUCAGCCGCAUCAUGUCGGUCGGGUCGCGGCUCACGGAGGCCGGCCACUACGCGGCGCAGCAGAUCAAGCAGAUCGCGUCGCACCUGGACCAGGAGUGGAAGUGCUUCGCCGCGGCGCUCGAUGAACGCAGCACCCUGCUCUCCAUGUCGGCGCUCUUCCACCUCAAGGCCGAGCAGUACCUGUCGAGCGUGGACGCCUGGUACAAAGCGUGUGGGGAUGGGGACCUGCCCACGGAGCUGCCGGACCUGGAGGACGCGAUCCAUCACCACCAGGGCCUCUACGAGCAGAUCGCCACCGCCUAUGCCGAGCUGAGCACGGACGGGAAGGCGCUUCUGGACAAACUGCAGAGGCCCCUGAGCCCCGGCGCCGACUCGCUGACGGCCACGGCCAACUACUCGAAAGCCGUGCGGCAGGUGCUGGACUUGGUGCACGAGGUGCUGCAUCACCAGCGCCAGCUGGAGACCAUCUGCCAGCACCGCAAGGUCCGCCUGCACCAGCGCCUGCAGCUCUGCGUGUUCCAGCAGGACGUGCAGCAGGUUUUGGACUGGAUUGAGAAUCACGGGGAGGCCUUCCUCAGCAAACACACAGGCAUCGGCAAGUCGCUGCACCGCGCACGCGCCCUCCAGAAACGCCACGAGGACUUUGAGGAGGUGGCACAGAACACGUACACAAACGCGGACAAGCUGCUGGAAGCGGCGGAGCAGCUGGCGCAGACGGGCGAGUGUGACCCCGAGGAGAUCUUCCAAGCCGCCCAUGCGCUGGAGGACCGCAUCCAGGACUUUGUGCGGCGCGUGGAGCAGCGCAAGCUGCUGCUCGACAUGUCGGUGUCCUUCCACACGCACACCAAGGAGCUGUGGUCCUGGCUGGAGGAGCUGCAGAAGGAGCUGCUGGACGAUGUGUACGCCGAGUCCGUGGUGGCCGUGCAGGAGCUCAUCUCGCGCUUCCAGCAGCAGCAGCAGACCAUGCUGCAGGCGACCGUCAAUGUCAUCAAGGAGGGGGAGGACCUCAUCCAGCAGCUCAGGGAGUGCAUGGUCAGCGGGAACAGCUCGAUAGCGCACGUUGAGGGGGUGCUGCACCAGCUGGACGAGGCGCAGGCGCAGAUGGAGGAGAUCUUCCAGGAGCGCAAGAUCAAGCUCGACCUCUUCCUGCAGCUGCGAAUGUUCGAGCGCGACGCCGUUGAGGUGCUGUCGGACCUGGAGGCGUGGAACGACGAGCUGGUGAGGCAGCUCAGCGAGUUCGAUUCGGACGACCUGACACUCGCCGAGCAGCGGCUGCAGCGCCACGCGGACAAGUCCCUGACCAUGAACAACCUGGUGUUCGACGUCAUCCGCCAGGGCCAGGAGCUCUACCAGUUUGUCACCGACGUGCAGGCCACGGGCAUAGAGGUGACUUGCGACAAGGACGUGGACAUGGGCACACGCGUUCAAGAGCUGCUGGAGUUCCUCCACGACAAGCAGCAGGAGCUGGAGCUGAAUGCCGAGCAGCAUCGCAAGCGCCUGGAGCAGUGCCUGCAGCUGCGCCACCUGCAGACGGAAGUGAAGCAGGUGCUGGGCUGGAUUCGUAAUGGGGAGUCCAUGCUGAGCGCCAGCCUCAUCAAUGCCUGCUCCCUGUCGGAGGCCGAGCAGCUUCAGCGAGAGCACGAGCAGUUCCAGCACGCUAUCGAGAAAACGCACCAGAGCGCCCUGCAGGUGCAGCAGAAGGCCGAGUCGCUGCUGGGCAGCGUGCACUACGCGCCCGACACGAUCCGCGAGUGCGCAGAGCGCGUCGCCGCGCACUGGCAGCAGCUCAUGCUCAAGAUGGAGGACCGCCUGAAGCUCGUCAACGCCUCUGUCGCUUUUUACAAGACGUCCGAGCAGGUGUGCUCGGUGCUCGAGUCCCUGGAGCAGGAGUACAAGCGCGAGGAGGACUGGUGCGGUGGCGGGGACAAGCUGGGCCCCGGCUCGGACAGCGACCACGUCACGCCCAUGAUCAACAAACACCUCGAGCAGAAGGAGGCCUUCCUCAAGGCCUGCACGCUGGCUCGCAGAAACGCGGAGGUGUUCCUCAAGUACAUUCACCGCAACAACGUCAGCAUGCCCGGCAUGACCAGUCACACUCGUGGGGCCGAGCAGCAGGUCAAAACCAUCCUGAGCGAGCUUCUGCAGCGAGAGAACCGCGUACUGCACUUCUGGACAAUGCGUAAGCGCCGGCUGGACCAGUGCCAGCAGUAUGUGGUGUUUGAGCGUAGCGCCAAGCAGGCCGUGGACUGGAUCCAGGGCACGGGCGAGACGUACCUCUGCGCGCGCACGGAGAGCGGCCAGUUCACGCACGAGCUCCUCCGCGAGCAUAAUGAGUUCACGCUCGCAGCCAAGCAAACGAAGGAGCGCGUGAAACUGCUGAUCCAGCUGGCCGACAGCUUCGUGGAGAAGGGCCACGCGCACGCCGGGGACAUCAAGAAGUGGGUGUCGCUGGUGGACAAGCAGUACCGCGACUUCGCCAGCGGCAUGGCCAAGUACCGCGCCGCCCUGGAGAAGGCCCUCGGCGUCCCCUCCGACAAAGAGCGCGAGCUGCAGCUGGACACAAUCCCGGCCAGCCUGGCCGAGCAAGUGAAGCUGCGUGAGGUCAGCAACCACACGGACGAGGAACGCCGCAAGUCGGCGCGGCGCAAGGAGUUCAUCAUGGCUGAGCUGCUGCAGACAGAGAAGGCAUAUGUACGCGAUCUACACGAGUGUUUGGAAAUCUAUCUGUGGGAGAUGACGAGUGGUGUGGAGGAGAUCCCUCCUGGCAUCAUAAACAAAGAGGACACCAUCUUCGGUAACAUGCAGGAGAUCUUUGACUUCCACAACAACAUCUUCCUCAAGGAGUUGGAGAAGUAUGAGCAGCUUCCUGAGGACGUCGGUCACUGUUUUGUUACUUGGGCGGACAAGUUCCAGAUGUACGUGUCCUACUGCAAGAACAAGCCCGACUCCACGCAGCUCAUCAUGGAUCACGCCGGCACAUUUUUUGAUGAGAUCCAACAGCGGCACGGCCUGGCCAACACCAUCUCCUCCUACCUCAUUAAGCCCGUGCAGCGAAUCACCAAGUAUCAGCUGCUGCUCAAGGAGCUACUCACGUGUUGCGACGAGCGGACGGGCGAGCUCAAGGAGGCGUUGGAGGUGAUGCUCAGUGUCCCCAAGAGAGCCAACGAUGCCAUGCAUCUCAGCAUGCUGGAGGGUUUCGACGAGAACCUCGAUGCGCAGGGCGAGCUGAUCCUGCAGGAGUCUUUCCAGGUGUGGGACCCCAAGACGCUCAUCCGCAAGGGUCGCGAGCGCCACCUGUUCCUCUUCGAGCUCGCGCUCGUCUUCAGCAAGGAAGUGCGCGACUCGUCGGGGAACAGCAAGUACCUCUACAAGCACAAGCUGCUGACGUCGGAGCUUGGGGUAUCUGACCACGUGGAGGGCGAUGCCUGUAAAUUCACCCUGUGGGUUGGUCGCACUCCGACAUCUGACAACAAGCUCGUGCUGAAGGCGUCCAGCAUCGACACCAAGCAGGACUGGAUAAAGCACAUCCGAGAAGCCAUCCAGGAGCGCACCAUCCACCUCAAGGGGGCGCUCAAGGAGCCUAUCCACCUGCCCAAGUCCACAGCCGGCAUGAAGCACAAGGCUUCCUCCAAGAGGGAUAGCGGAGGGGAGGAUGGGGACAGCCAGGGCGAUGGGAGCUCACAGCCCGACACCAUCUCCAUCACCUCGCGCACCUCCCAGAACACGCUGGACAGCGACAAGCUGUCCGGCGGCUGCGAGCUCACGGUGGCGAUAGCCGACCACGUGGCGGCGGCGGCAGGCGAGCUGAACGUGCGGCGAGGCCAGACGGUGGAGGUGCUGGAGCGUGCGGCGGAGCGGCCCGACUGGUGCCUGGUGCGCACCACGGACCGCACGCCGGCGGCCGAGGGCCUGGUGCCGUGCAGCACCCUGUGCAUCGCUCACUCGCGCAGCAGCGUGGAGAUGGAGGGCUUCUUCAACCACCGCGACUCCCUGUCGGCGUCGAGUGGCGACGCUAGCCCCUCCACGGGCUCCCUGCAUCCCCACCCCCUGGUGCCGCCCCUCCAGAGCUCGCCGGGACCCAAGAGGCCUGGGAACACCCUCCGCAAGUGGCUGACCAGUCCUGUCCGCAGGCUCAGCAGCGGCAAGGCGGAGGCCGGCUCGCACCAGACCAAGAAGCUGACGGCGCACAAGCACAACAAGAAGGGCGGCCGCAAGAGCGUGGACCUGGGGGCGGCGCGUGACGCCGAGGAUGGGGCGCUGGUCGCAUCGUCCGCCACCCCGCUCGAAGACGCGCACGACGAGCGCGUGCGCCGUGACGGCUCUGGAAGCGGCACGCUGUCCAAGUCGUCGUCGUCCGGCAUGCAAAGCUGCGGCGAGGAGGAGGGUGAGGAGGUGGCGGAAGUACUGCCCCUCCCGCCGCCCAUGCAGAUCCAGCAGCACAGCCUCCUGCAGGCCGAGCGCGCUGACGACAAGCCGGCGUCCCUGCUGGCUACGCGUGUCGGUGCUUCCGAAAUCCCGACCACGGCCGAGCUGGUCAGUGCCAUUGAGAACCUCGUCAAGAGCAAGAUGGCGCUAGACGAGCGUCCGUGCUCCUUGCCGGUCGGGGAGAGCAGCAGCCCGACGGUGACGUCAUCUGACGGUUCGGCGCUCGCCCCUUCAUCCUCCUCGCCGGCCGACGAGCCCGACGAACGCCGCGCCGGCACGCUCCGACGCAGGCAGUACGUGUUUCAGGAGCUGGUGGAAACAGAGCGAGACUACGUGCGUGACCUGGGCUACGUGGUGGAGGGUUACAUGGCGGUGAUGCGGGAGGACUGGGUGCCCGACGAUCUGAAGGGGAAAGACAAGAUGGUGUUUGGCAACAUCCACCAGAUCCACGACUGGCAUCGCGACUUCUUCUUAGGGGAGCUGGAGAAGUGCCUGGAGGAACCAGACCGACUGGCGCCGCUGUUUAUCAAACAUGAGCGCCGGUUGCACAUGUACAUCGUUUACUGUCAGAACAAGCCCAAGUCCGAGCACAUCGUGUCGGAGUACAUCGACACCUACUUCGAGGAGCUAAAGCAGCGCAUGGGCCACAGGUUACAGCUCACCGAUCUGCUCAUCAAGCCCGUACAGCGCAUCAUGAAGUACCAGCUGCUUCUCAAGGACAUCUUGAAGUUCACGAGGAAAGCCGGCCUGGACAGUACUGAUCUGGAGAGGGCCGUGGAGGUGAUGUGCGUGGUGCCCAAGCAGUGCAACGACAUGAUGAACGUGGGCCGCCUGCAGGGCUUCGAGGGCAAGAUCACGGCGCAGGGCAAGCUGCUGCUGCAGGACGUGCUGCUGGUCACGGAGCCGGACGGCGGUCUGCUGGCGCGCAGCAAGGAGCGCCGCCUCUUCCUCUUCGAGCAGAUUCUCAUCUUCAGCGAGCCGCUCGACCGUAAGAAGGGCUUCUCUUCGCCCACCUACCUCUUCAAGAACAGCAUCAAGUUGAGCUGCCUGGGGCUCGAAGAGGCCUGCGAGGGAGACCCGUGCCGCCUGGUCGUGAACUCGCGCGGAGCCGACGGCUCCACGGAGCGCUUCGUGCUGCAGGCCUCCAGCGCCGAGCAGCGCCAGGCCUGGGCCCUCGCCCUGGGCCAGAUCCUGGAGAACCAGCGCAACUUCCUGAACGCGUUGGCCUCUCCCAUCGAGUACCAGCGGAACCACAUCUCGGGUGGCGGAGGUGGCGGCGCCGGCGUCGGUGGCGGCGUCGGUGGCGGCAGUGGCAACAGUGGCGGUGGCGGCCGCACCAGGCCCUCGCGCAUCCCCCAGCCCAUUCACCCCGGCCUGCGCUCCCACUCGGCCACGGCCGUGGAGGUAGAGCGGCCGAGUACGGGGCCGCCCGCUACGGGACGCAAGAUCUCCAUGCCGACGCUCAGCUCGUCAAGCUCGUUCAGCGGCGGCGCCGCCAGCCCCGGCGGCGGUGCGGACAAACACCGCGGAGAGGCGGGAGAGAGGACCUCGCGCUCGGCCGAGCGGGCUCGCAAGGCCGACGGGGCCGCCGAGACGGCGCAGCAGGGCCCAGGCCCAGUGGCCGAGGAAGCCGGCAAGGGCCCGCGCGGCGUCUGCUAUCGAGGAGGGGCCGGCGGAAGCGGGGUCGGCGGCGGCUCCUUCCCUUCAUCGCCGUACACAAAGGACGGGCGACAUCGGGCGGGCGCCGGACGAGACGCCGCCUCUCCCACGCGCCUGACCCACAACCACCCCGCCGCCGGCGCGCUCGACCGGGAAGCGACGGACCGGCUCAGCAGUUGCUCGUCGGCCAGCGAUCACUCGCUGCAGUCGGCGCAGAGCAACGGGUCGCAGGGCGAGGAGGGGGGUGGUGGCGCAGCCGCCGCGGGAUGCUCCGGCGGGGUGGGGGCCACCAUGCUGGUGACGCAGGACUACGCGGCGGUGCGGGAGGACGAGGUGUCGCUGGCGCGGGGCGAAACCGUGCAGGUGCUCGCCACCAACCAGCAGCACAUGUUCCUGGUGCACCGCGGUGCCAGCGAGCAGGGCCCCGCGGCCGAGGGCUGGAUCCCCGCACACGUUCUGGGCCACACCAGCACGGGGGGGCCGUCGUCGACCGCCUCGCUCGACUCGCCGGAGGCCGUCGCGGCGGAUCGGAAGGCCAGCUCGUGGCACUCGGCCCUGCGCUUUAAGAAGCGAGGAGUGGUGAGGGACAAGGACGGACCAAGGCAUGAGAACGGGCCGCGUCGAGCACGGGAGGCCAACAUGCCGAGCGGGAAGGUGUCCGUGAAGCUUCAGAACCAAAAGGUGGCCCAUGAAGCGGCUCCGCAGGUGGUGGCCCCGCUGCUGGACGUGGUUUGUGCCGCCGGCUCCGAGGCGGCGUUCCGCUGCACAGUGCGCGGCGACCCGGCCGUGCCGGCCACGUGGACGGGGCCUGCGGGGGAAGCCCUCGCCACCGGGGGGCGCUUCGUCGUGCACAGCGGCGAGGGCGGGGAGCGCUGCUUGCGGAUCUGCGGCGUGUGCGAGCAGGAUGCCGGCAAGUACACGUGCGGGCUCGGCACCGCCACCACCGCUGCCACGCUCACCGUGCAAGGUGUGUCGGGUGCCCCAGGCCGGCCCCAGGUGCAGGAGGUGAGCAGCACGUCCGUGCUGCUCACCUGGGAGUCGGCGGGGCCACUGGGCCCUCCAAGUCGGUCGGCUGGCACGGACUGCUCCCCUCCUCCUGCGACUCCCCCCACCGGCUACACCGUCGAGUUCCAGGCCGAGGGGGAGAGCGGCUGGCAGAAGUGUGUGACCGCCUCGGCCGAGCCCGGACUGCUGCUGGACGAGUUGGUGCCGGGGUCCACCUACUGCUUCCGCGUUGGCGCGAGCUACACGUGGGGCAGCGGCCCGCUCGGCGCCAUCUCCCAGCCCGUCGCUCUGCCCUCCCUUGCUCAUUCUGAGAACGAGGACAUGCAAAUUGAAUUCAAGGAGAACUUCGAGUCGUGCUUUGUGGAGCUGUCCGAAAUUGGCAGGGGCCGCUUCUCGACGGUGCGGCGCUGCCGGAGCGUGGCGGGUGGUGGCGGGGACGGCGGUGACACGGAGCCGGAGCUCGCGGUGAAGGUGAUCGGCAAGCAGCUGCGUGGGCGGGACGAGGUGUGCCGCGAGGCGUGCGUGCUGCGCUCGCUCUCCCACCCGCAGGUGCCCCGGCUCCUGCACGCCUUCGAGGGACCGGCCGCCUUCAUGCUCGUGCAGGAGCUUGUGGAGGGGCCCCGCCUGCUCGACUACCUGGUGAAGCAGGGGUUGGCGACAGAGCGGAAGGUGGCUGGCUAUGUGCGCGACACGCUGGGCAUCCUGUGCUACCUACACUCGUGCAACGUGGCUCACCUGGAUGUCAAGCCUGAGAACCUGCUGCUGGAGUGCCGGGCGUCUCCGCCGUCCGUGCGACUCGUCGAUUUUGGCGACUGCCUGCGCGUGUCGCACCAGCGGCGCACGCGCCAGCCGUGCGGCGUGCCCGAGUUCUCUGCGCCAGAACUGGUGCUCGGCGAGAGCGUGGGGCCGGCGGCGGACGUGUGGAGCGUGGGCGUCCUCGCGUACGUCAUGCUGAGCGGCGUGUCGCCCUUCCUGGAGGACAGCGCCGAGGAGACCUGUCUCAACAUCUCCCGGCUCGACUACUGCUUCCCCGAGCACUACUUCGCCGACGUCAGCGCGCAGGCCAAGGAAUUCAUCACGGCGCUGCUCCGGGGCAGCCCCGGCAAGCGACCGCGUGCGCAGGCCUGCCUCAAGCAGGCGUGGCUCGCUUCGCCCACGAAGGAGGACCCCCUGCUAGAUACAUCGCGCCUGGCCUCGUUUGUGGAACGCAGGCAGCACCAGAACGACGCGCGGCCACUCUCCGGCAUCAAGGCCCGGCACGGAAAGCCUCCAGUCAUAAGACGUUGAAUCCAAGGGGCAGCCACCACACCGGUGCUGUGUUCGAGGCAUAUUGAGUGGUCUAAUGUGAUAGCGAACUAUGAAGUACUCUUUAGCUUAUGCACUGGUAGCACUGGGCAGCAGUGUCCAUGUUAAAAGGUGCCAUGUUUCAGGAAAAUAAUGUAUUUAGCCAACAAGCCAUCUUAAUCAUUUAAACAACAGCAUCAACAAUAGAUACGAGGCCAAGCAUUAAUGGCCCUGGUAUACCUGUUAAAUAGCUUUGAAUUUAGUUUGGCAUAAAUGUAAUUGUGAAUGACGCUGCAGUUUUAGCAUGAGGCCAUUAUCGAGGCCAUCGUCGAGGCCAGCGGUUUGCACGAUGUCGGCGAUUGUGUUUACUGCAGUUAAAUGACAAAUAUUGCCGCAUUGGUCUUGAGCCAAGCGAUGGGAGGCGACAUAUAUAAUGCAGUUGAGUCUCUAUCGGUGUCGUUGCUGGCUACAAGGGUUUCCCUCAGGAGUGGGCAUGUGUCGGCCCACACAAGGAACUCAGUCCCUUGCCGACCUCUCUCUUGUGUGGUUGUGAGGAUUCACGCCUGAAACGGUUUGCCCACGUGGAUACCAAUUUAACAGCAAACUGCUGUCCUUAAUUUAAGCCCUUCAAUUUGAAUUUACAAAUCAGUUAGGCUCAAUCAUGUUUCAGGAACGCAUUAGUGUAGAUUUAAAAGUCAUGUAAUGCUAAUGAAAUUAGGGUUAUUAGAUGGUUAGGGUUAUACAGAAUAGGAAUUACUAUAUUAGGAUGUAGGGGAUUUAAACCUCAUGCCUGUGGUUGUGUGUUAAGGUUGAGUUUAUUGGAUUACGAUUAUGGUUACUACUUUUGGAUUAGGGCUGUAGGCAGGGUUUAAUUCUCACCGAAAAUUUUCUGGGUCGCUUGUAGGCAGGGUGGUGGCACGUGAUUAGGAGUCGCCAUAGCGAGGGGUAUACUGGAUGUGGUAUGCCAGAGGCAGAAAUAUUUUCUGGUUUGCCGACCUGGACAAACCUGGCAGAAAUUAAGCCUUGGUUGUAGUCACUUUUUUUAUUUAAGGAUGGCAAUCUAUCCAUGGUGUUAAGUUAAUGAAACAAUAGUUUAAGUUGGAGGAUAAAGAUGAGUACAUUAUUAAUAAUGCCAUUGCAGUCAUAUGGGUUUGGGAUUUAGUGAUUACAGAAUAGGAAUUAUGAUUGUGUAUUCUAUUAAGGUUUUUAGAUGUAGGUUGCGCUUAUUAUAUUGCAUAGUUUAUAUUUAGAUGAUUGAGGUGGGAUUGUGGUAAUUAUGUUAAGACUGGUUUUGUUCAUUGGGUUAGAGGUUAGGGCUAAGUCUGGGGGCCAUUUCCUUGAUAAGUGAUCGGAUAUGAGGCUUUGGCAGAAAGGGGGCCAUGGUUUGGACUGAGGCUCCAUCUUAAGCCGGAAGUUGAGCAGUGCACUUGAGUCAGUGGGAAUUGAUUUUUACUUCAUUUAUGAAAACCAAUCUUUAUGCACUUCACCUUUGUUCACAUUUAAAGUGCAAUGGAGUUUUCAUUUAGGUAUUUUUUUCAUGUUGAAAACAAAACCACUUGUUUUAUUUAAAAUAUGUAAGCGCCAGAAUUAAUGAUUGUGGAGUGUAUAGGUUAGGAAUGUGAAGAUUUAUGGCCAGCAGUGGCACAGUCCGUAUUUACACCUUCAUAAACUGUUUAAUCUCCACAUAAAAUGCUUGUUUGUACCUAAAUGCGAUUGAAGUGGUUUGCUAGCACGCCACGUGUAUAUUAGGUCUGUAUUAUACUGUGUCGUUGUAAAUUUUUUACAUUUAUUUAUAAUAUUGUCUCGUAGCUUAAUAAUCAAAUUCUUAUGCCAUGCUUGCUUUGUGGCUUCAUCAAUAUUUAUACGGUUUGUGUUUGGAUUUAAUACAUUUAGAUUUUUUUUGAUUGACAAGCGGUUGUUUCGGGGGGGGGGGGGGGGAGAAAUGGCGCUUGCUGUUUAAGCUUUACGGAUUUGAUAUUUUGAGAAUGGCUGUGUGUGUGUUGGGGCUUGUUUUUUUUAUACAAAUGUUUCAAUUGAGCCAGGUACGCGUGCUCUUGUCACCAUGUCCACGUCAUCUACUGUAUGUUAACGCAAUACAGGAGACUUCCCGCUGGUCAGGACCAAUUGGACUGUUAACACCAAAAGUGAUAUGCCGACACAAAGCUAAUAUGGCGCCUGGGAAAAUGCCAGAGGUGGGCCUGAUGCUCGAGACUGGUUGGCUACUUAGGGAUAAGUAUAGGGAUAGUGUGCUUGCUCUGUAGCUCUCCAAUGUUUUUGGGUUGUACCAUGUGUUGUUGGGUUUUAUGGCUAACAGUUUUGCUCCACGUGCUGGGAGCUCUAUUCUUCAGGAAACAUAUUUUUUUAACUGAAGAAACUCCAUGUACCGUGUGAAACGUCGGACAUCAUGCGGUACAGCCCAAAAACAUAGAGCUAUGCUGCACAAUUGUGACAACCUAACUGCAGGCAAAUAUGCUCGCUCCUCGACAGCAUUCACUUGUCGUUUCAGUUCUGGUGCUUACAGUGCCUGUGCACUCUUGCUAUAGCCAAGAAAUCCACAUCAGUAGGCAUUACAACAAAGAAGUCACAUCUCAUAACACAUAUACAGGUUUGUGUACAUCAAGCAGGGUGUACGCACACCACAGCUGCAAUUUGGUGUGUUUCUCUUCCUGAUAAUUGAAUGUCAUUAAGCUCCAUAUCAAGAUACAUUCGGGCCUCGUGGCCAGAUCCGUGGGAGUCAACUGAUCAAUUACUAAAGCAUGUGUUUACAUCACAGCCAUCCCAGCCAAUCGUAACUGCAGCAUUUUGCAAUAAAGUUGGUAUCAUGUUUGAAAGUCA